AUGAUCGAUGACCCUGCGCAGCGUGUUGCGAUCGCGAUCGUCGCUCCGAUUUGUCCGCUGAUCCCGGCCGUGAUUCUUCUCAUCAUCGCAGUCCUGCAGCCCUGGUGGGUGUCCUCGCGGGAUAUCACCUACUACCCGACCAACACGAGCUCCUUCACCGUCACGCAGAGAUCCGAGAUCUCGCUGUGGGGGCACCAUGGAUGUAAGCUCAAUGAAACAUGGUCGGACAUCUGUGGGCUGCCUGAUGCGGAGUGCGUCUACCCACCCGCGCCACCUUUGGGCUAUAUCCCGCCCUGGACGCCUCCUCCCCUCACGGAGGAUGACAACUGGCGCGUUGAGGUGGUCACGGGGCCUCCAGGUGUGAGGAUGACGACCACUCGGCAGGAUCGGCCCUUCCGAUGUGUCACCGGCAACUGCCAACUCCCAGUUGUGACGACCACCAUCGACCGGUCGAACCUGAACCAGGAUCCAAACUCCAUAAACCAGAACUCCGUCAGCUUCGGCGAUGGCCAAGCGCGGCUAGGGGAGGAGGUGCAAGCGGCGCUUGGCCCCUUCGGAGAGAAAGUUCUCCGGGAUCUGAAGAAGGCGAAGAGGCCGGAUCUGGCUUGCCUGGUUCUGGAGAUCCUCCAGUCCGAGGGGACGCCAAGCACGAAGCACCUGAACCUCGCAAUCAGCGCCUGCGCCUCUGCAAAGUGGUGGGCCCAAGCGCUGUCCCUGCUCUUCGUGUCCGCGCCCCGCCUGGGCCUGGCCCCGAACGUCGUCACGCUCAGCGCGGCCCUAAGCGCCUGCGAGCGGAGCAGCCGCUGGCCGCGGGCGCUCCAGCUCUUCCACGCCCAGCGCGCCCUGAAAGUGAGCCCGGAUGUGGUGGUCUACAACUCCGCGAUCAGCGCCUGCGAGAGAGGGGGCCAGUGGCAGAAGGCCCUGAUGCUCUUUGAGGAGAUGCCCAGCGCAGGCGUGCGCCGAGACACCAUCACCUACAACGCCACCCUCAGCUCCCUCCAGAAAGCUGGGCAGUCCGAGCGUGCCGUGGACCUCUUCAACUCCAUGCCCCAGGCUACAAUCUCUCCUGACCUCAUCAGCUACAACACGACCAUCAGCGCGUGUGAGAAGGGUGGGCAGUGGCAGGAGGGCCUUCGGCUUCUGCAGGGCAUCGGCCGACUUGGGGGGCGCCCAGAUGUGGUGAGCUACAGUGCCGCCAUCAGCUGCUGCGAGAAGGCCGCUCGCUGGAUCUUGGCUCUGGAGCUGCUCAACUCCAUGCCCAAGGAGGGGGUGCCCCCCAACAGCAUCAGCUACAACGCGGCCAUCAGUGCCUGUGAGAAAGGGGGAUCAUGGAAGAUGGCGCUGCAGCUUCUCGACCAAAUGCCCCAAGCACGGCUGUCGCCCACGGUGGUCAGCUAUGGGGCGGCCCUCAGCUCAUGCGAGAAGAGCUCCUUAUGGCAGAUGGCCCUGGAGAUUUUCAGGUCCAUGUCCGAAGCUGGUGUCGCCCCCAACACGGCAGGGCAGUGGCAGCUCUGCCUGCAGCUGCUGCAGGCUCUGCCGCCGCCUUCCGAGCAAGCAGCACCCGACCUCUAUGCCUACAGCCUGUCCAUGAGCUGCUGCAUCUGUGGCGCUGUUGGUGAGAGGGCACAUCAGUGGCGGGCCUCCAUCCACGUCUGGGAGUCCCUGUUGCAGGCAAAGGUGACUCCGGAUACGGUUUGCCUCAAUGCGUGCAUCACCUCCUGCGUCCGAGGGCUUCUGUGGCAGAGGGCCUGCCACCUCCUUCAGUCCAUGCCCGAAGCAAAGGUUGCCAUCGACGUGGUCAGCUACAAUGCGGCCAUGACCGCUUGCGCCAAGGGCAAGCGCUGGCAGCUUGCCUUGAACCUCUACGCAGCCAUGCCGCUGGCAGCCAUGGCUCCCGACGCCGUAAGCUGCAACGUGCUCUUGGACUGCGUGAGCGACCAGCGUGUGCGGCAGGCCCUCGCCAAGGACCUGAUGACGGUGCUCAGGAAGGUGAAGGUGGUCUCCUCCAAUGAGGCCGGGUAA